GAUACUGACAGUGUGACGUGCGCUCCGUAACGACGUCGCACGGACUGCUGGGAAACAAACAGUGGUAUGAAUAACGCUUGGCGUAAACAAACAAGUGUGUGCAAGAGCCCGUCGCACACGAGUAAACAACCAGUCGGACAAACGCAGCGACCGUCAUUCAGCAGCUUUCACAACCGUGGUCUUCUGGCGGAUCAACGUGACAUGUGGCGCUCCCCGAGCGGCAGGACUUUGGACCGGAGCCUGGACGGGAGUGUCGCGGUGAGCAGAGCCUGGAGUCGGUUGUGUGAUUUAUCCGUCAGACGCGAUGACAGGAGCUGUCUUAGGGGGGUUUAUUCCUCUGAUGUUGGAAGGAGAGCAUGGCUUUCAUAAGCGAGCGGCAGCUGACACAGUGGCAUCUCAAGUCCUUGAAGUGGUGCGACUCCACAGCAGUGUUUCCGAGAUAAACCUCUAGAUUAGAUACUAUUAUAAAUCACUGGACUCUGAGUCUUCGCCAUCCAGGGAAACUGUUGCUGAUCGCUUGGCCAGAGGAGCCCAACGUGUAAAUUCAAGGGUCAAGAUUUUGGACCGGACGUCCAGUCGAUCAGUCCAGUGCAGACGGGAUGAAUCUGUGGAGCUCGGAGUCAGUGCAGGGGGCGCUCAAAGCCCUGAAGCACGCCGCGGGGAGAGGACACCUCCAGCUGAGCCGCUGGCUACAGCGGACCCCGGACUCACUGGACUGCGACAAGAUCGACAUCUUGAUCUGUAACGUGUUUGACGAGCGAGGGAACGGAGGGAGACCGGAGGCGGACCCCGCGGGUCACACCGAGCCCGGUGCGUCCUUCACUCCCGAGUUCAGACACCCGUGCUGCAUCACCACCUGUUGCUUCAAGAGCGCCCUGCUGGCGUGCGUCCUGACAGCCGUGUGCUUCUCCUCGGUGGCUCUGGUCCGUCAGUACCUGAAGGACGUGCUGCUGUGGGUGGAGAGUUUGGACAGUUUCGUGGGAGCCCUGCUGUUCAUAGUGGGCCUGAUCACGGUGUCGUUCCCCUGCGGCUGGGGCUACAUCGUGCUGAACGUGGCCGCGGGGUACCUGUACGGGUUUGUGUUGGGCAUGGGUCUGGUGAUGGUGGGGGUUUUGAUCGGGACUUUCAUCGCUCAUGUGGUGUGUAAGCGACUGCUGACGAACUGGGUUCUGGGUAAGAUCAGCAGCAGUGAACAGCUGAGUGCUGUUAUUCGGGUCGUGGAGGGGGGAAGUGGACUCAAGAUCGUGGCCUUGGCGAGACUCACGCCGAUCCCUUUCGGUCUCCAGAACGCGGUCUUCUCGAUCACAGACGUCUCCUUGCCAAAUUAUUUAGUGGCUUCCUCAGUGGGACUCCUCCCAACACAACUCCUUAACUCAUAUCUGGGCACCACCCUGCGCACAAUGGAGGACGUGAUCGCCGAACAGAGCGUCAGCGGAUACUUUGUGUUCAGUCUACAGAUCUUCAUCAGCAUAGGCCUGAUGUUUUAUGUUGUACAUCGAGCACAAGUGGAACUGAACGCCGCCAUCGCAGCCUGCCAGUUGGAGCUGAAGACGUCGUACAUGAACGGUGGAGCGGCCAGCCACGGCGGCUCGACCUACUGCAGCAAACGUGCUGCCACAGGAGGGGGGAUCAACGUGGUCUGAGCAGCGUCUUUGCUGCUGAUGAACGUAUUUCAACCCUACAUCCAGUUGGGCUGUCCUGACUGGACGGAUGGAGAUCUGUCUCGCCUGCUUCAGGAAGUCUCGGGAGCUGCUACGGUCCCUGCCAGCUGUUCUAGUUAUGACGGAGGUCUGAUGUGGAGCGGCACCGGACUGUCAAAGAGCCCAGCAUCAGACCCGAAGAUUGGGACCCUGGGCCAGGAUUAUAUGAGAAGCUUAUGAGAUUGACUUGAGAUUUUUGUUAUCUUGGUACUUUUUCUUGAAAAAAAAAAAAAUUAUGAUACUCAUAUAAAAUUAAAUAACUUUAUAAGAGGUCUAAAGCAUGAAAUUGGUAAAUUAAUUAAAGUAAAUGUUAUAGAAUUGUAGUUAUUAAAGAGGGCCCAACUAAUAUAUCAGGUUAAUAUGCUUAAGAUGUUUGCUUUAUAUAUAUAUAUAUAUAUAUAUAUAUAUAUAUAUAGGAUUAUUCCAUUAUUACUAUUAAUUUAUUAUUAUUAUUAUUCAUCUAAAAUUAUUUCUUCUUAUUGAAAGUUAUUAUUUUAUUUUUAUUUAAUUUUUUUAUGUAUGUCUAGAGUAAGAAAAACAUAUUAUCAGUCAGUACCACCUGGAUAAAAUUGUGGCUUUUGCCAAACUGGGAACACAUUUGCUACACUGGAACAGAUGGGAGGGAAGGAACUUUUCUUAGCUGGAUAUUUAAGGACGUCCUGCCAAGAAGCUUUAGCACAGCAUGAUAAGCUCAGCGGUGUGAUCGUACUCGUUUGAUUUCUCAUUCUCAUAUUGAGAGGACUGAAACUCUGCCUUCGUUGUGUUAUUUAACCAAAUUCUUUAUUACAGGGCUGUUACAUCACUUCUGUUCAUUUAUUCAUCGUUAGAAUAAUUUAGAACGUUUGCACACAUGGAAUUUCACAAACUGAAUAAGUAAGAUGCAAUGCUGAAAAGUGAUUAUUGUGAAUAUAUUCUAUAUAUUGAAUAUAUGAAGUUUGUAGAAUUAUAUAAAUGUAUUUAGAUAAAUAUUUUCCCAAAUUAGAGGAAAUGUAUAUAAAAAAGGGAAGCAUUGUCAUAUGUUAGUACAUUACUAUUAUUCUUAUGUAAUGAAUGCUGAAGGUCCAUGUUAUUCACAUCAGUUUAAUGGUUGUUGGCACUGUGCUAAAAUGGCUCACAAUUGCCUACAAUGCAUCUUUUGCAAAAAUGCACACUAGUGAAAACUCGGCUCAAAGCCUCCACAGCUCAGUAACUCGUGGUGAGUGCAGAGAGAACCGCUAAAAUAACUGAGAAAACUACAACCGAAAUGUUAUUCGACGACUCUGGUCAUGGUAAUGUCUGUCAUUCCCUCCUUAGAGAUUCCCCUAAUUAGAAACAAAAGACUCCCGAGCAUUGACUGACGUAUUUGGGUCCCAGUUAUAUAAUUUAGCACAGGCUUCUGCUAACGAGCUCGGAGCCGCGGUGACCUCACAGCUUCCACACCGGGAACAUGAAAUCCCUCCAUGCAGGGAACUUCACACAAUCCUGCUGCUUUGUUUGAUUUGUCUCCUCAUUACCUUCUCCCAUGCUCAAUGACACUGUUGUGCUGUUUGACAUGAAAUUAUACGGUAAAUCCAGAUGUACAUGCUGUAAGUCAGUGUGGAGAUGGAAAAGACUUUGAUUUAAGGGUUUGAUUUUGUCAUUUUUAGCUCUUUAUUUUUUUUUUACUUUUUUUUUAUAAAUUGGAAAUGCAUGCUAUCAAUGAUGGAUGUCUCAUUAGCUGAAAUGUACACUUGGUGGGUGGUGACUUCAUUCUCAGUGUCAUUUGAGACUCACAGUUUGGUUUACAGCAUCAACAUUAGAGCGUCAUCGUAAAUCUGACAAUCAGUUGAACAGCGAUGCGCUGCUUAUUCUGAAAAACCAUCUCAUCUUACUCUCCAGUUAUAGUUUUGCUGCUACUCUUAGACUGUUGGGUCUGCUGACAAGGGCUCCAAUUAAUAUUGCAAUUUUACUACAAAGUGAUGUACACCAUCUCGUGUUUUGUUUCUUACAUGGAGAAUGUGCCAAUAGAUUUUCUAACAAGUUGUUGCAUUUAUUUUGAAAAGUGCAGGUGUAACUGUGCACAAAUUGACACAUUCCUUAACUUAAAAAUGGGAUGAAUGGUUUUAUGAAUUUUUAUUUCUUUUUUUUUUCUUUUUUUGAUCAAGGAAAUGGAAAAGCCCCUCUGUUUUCUGAAUUUAGCAAUAAAUAAAAACGGAACAUGCUGACUCACCGUCUGAGUUACAUUGUAGAGAUCCAACAGUCCUGGUCUUGUGUUACGAUGUCAACCUGCCUUGUACCUCUUGCUGCCUAAGACGUUGAAACGGGACACUUGCCUGCAGUGUGUUCAGACUCUUCAUUCCAGCAGGCAUUGGGUUGUGAUAACUGAAAAACUGAAGAUUCUUGGGAUUUCAAAUGCAAACAGAAUCGAAAUCUAACAAACUACAAAAAAUAAAUGAUCAUUUGAGGAUAUGUAUCAGUGCUUUGUCUUAUAUUUCCAGUUUGAUAUGCAUCAGUGCGUAUAAUAGCAAAGGAGUCUUGCGAGGUUCUUGCAAACCUUAAUCUGAGAUUACAGCACAUUAAAAAACAAAACAAAAAAAUUGUUCAAAUGUAAUUUCAGAUUAGGGCACAUCAGGUACUAUACUAAAACCUCUUGACCCCUUUGACAAGUGCAUUUUACAUACACUGUAUUUUGUAAUACAGAGAAUUUUGCAAUGUAAAUGAAUAUUUAUUGCUGUAUCAUGCUUGUUCAGUGUUAUUUAUGAAAUAAAACUAUUGAAAAGAGACUCAA